CAAACGUCUUCUUUUCACGGUACCGUUGCAACGUUGCAAGAAAAUAAAUGAGUCGCGUAACGAGAGACAAAGGAAACGAUUGAAAAUACGACCUAGUGAGGGGAAAUAACGUAGGGUAUAGUGUCAGUGAGAGAAAUGGAAACGGCGCGGCGAUGGUGGGCAUGGAUUGUCAUUCGUACGUAUCGCAACGAGAAAGAUAUCGAAGGGGGGUUCUCUGCUAGUUGUGCCGACGUUGCUGCUACUCGUGGUGAUGGCAAUAGGCUGUUCAUAGUGAUAGUGGAUAUAUUACGUAUCGUCGUGCGGUAGUGUCCCGUGCGCACCGAGUGUAUAUGUAUACUACGUACCAUUGGUAGUGAGAUCAAUAAGCAGUGCCGUGCCACUCGACCUGUGCUGAUAGACGGAAACUCAUUCUAAAAUCUUUCCCUCUGUUCUUUUCUUGAUUUAACGCCUAACCGUAGUCUCUCCCCUUUCAUAUCGAUAGAACGUCGCCGAAUCGCUUUCGUUUGUUUUCUCUUUGAAUUUUUUAUCGUGUCCCGAGAGGCUCGGAACAAGUGUCUUUCCUCUUUGAAAGAACACACCGUUGGUCCGCUUUUUUUUUUUUGACGUACUGCUAUAUAUAUAUAUAUGCACGUACACCGGUGUCCAUCCUCUCUUUUCAUUCCACUUCUUUGUGACUUGGCACAUCUGAAUUGCUUUCUCUCUGAUCGAAGGUAGAUUUCAUACUUUGAUAAAUUUUUCUUAGUCUUUUCGUCGUCGACUUCUUUAGCCUUUGUCGUUUCUAUCGAGCUUGCGUAUCGUGAGCAUGUUGAAACGUAUUUCUUUCUUGGACCACCGGAUUCCAUUUCACCGAGGAUGAAAUGUUGUUUGUUUUGUUCACAGUAAUUAGAGACUAUUUUUACAUUCCGUUUGGUUUCUACGUUUCUCAGUUUUCAAUCUGUUUGAUGAUAAUUGUUAUGAUACACGGGGCAAAUCUGUAAAGAUAACUAUGUACCAUAUGCUGUUACGCGAGUGAUUAGGAGAUUGCAAAGUGAAAUAGCAGACGUUAUACUACUUGCUGCUUGUAUCAUACUAUCUUACUACUUGCGAUGAAAUUAAGCUACAUGUUGUCGUCAUAUUGAGAUCAAACAAAUUAUAGUAGAACUUAGUUAGUGAAACUUAGCUUUUAAUGUCGAGGAUAAACUGUCAUAAAUUAAUAUAAAAUUAUCGUUUACUCGAGGGAUAGAAUCAUUUCGCUUAGACACUUCUCUUUUGUUUCUUGUUGCACGAUGAAACACGGUAUACGGACAGCUUUGUUGGAAUUGAUUGAACAGAUAACGUGAAUCGUACGGGAUCUGAUUAAGACUGAACAUAUUGCGAGGUGUAUAAACGACACGGAAAUAAAUCAUAGCGAUCAGGAGUACUUUCCUUUUCCGUUACAAUUCUAUCGAUACGUGUCUCUAAUUCUUCUUCAAUUGCAUGGCACAAAAUAAUACUUUACAAAAUUACUUUUCGUGAGUCUGAACGAUCGUAAGGCUGAUACAUUUACAUUUUACUCUUUCUUCAUUUCUGCGAGCUAUUACUCGAAAUUAUUCGUCGCAACGUUUGUGGUUUUCCUUUUAAUACUUCGUUAUGUCAGCAAAAUUUUAAGCCCCAUCCAGCAUAUUUCUCGACGUAAUGAUAGAAUUGUACGCCUAAUCGUGGGAGAUCGUCGUGUGCAGCCUGGCAGGCCCCGCAAAAGCCGCCAAUUAAUUAAGAUAGCUCCUAGAUACACGGUAGAUCGAUAGGGACUGGCCGUGAUAAAGACGGGCGAGGGUUUCAGACUUCAGGGAUGUUGCAGUGCUGUGGUGUUGGAGGUGGCGCUUCCACGGCACCUCAGGCUCCGCAGCUGCAGGAUACCGGAUCUGCUGUCGGGAUUACCACCUCCACGAAAACCACCAUCAUGCAGGACGCAGUUCUUGAAUCUAUUCUCGAGCAAAUGCGUGAAACGGAGGCUCGAAAAGCGGAACUGGAGCGCCAACAUGCAGAAGCACAGAAUCAGUUGCGCGAGAAGAUAGCAGGACGGUAUCAAGGCCCGGAAUCGGUCGAGGCACUGCAGUCAAAGAUAAGGGAGCUCGAGAAAAAGACGGAGCUGCAAAUGGUCAGGCACGAGGAAUUGUCCUUGGAGUUGACAAGCCUGAGACGCGCACGAAGCAGAGGCCCGAUGGUGGGCCAUUCCGUGGUUCCGACUACUUGGCCUCCAACUGGUUCUGAAAUCGACAGAAUAAUAGCAAAAAUAGAACAAGAUAAUAGCGCUAGUAGAAUGGUACAUGAUUUGGAUCAUACUCGAGGAACCAUUACCACGCAACAACCCUCAGUUACACAGGGUAUUUUGCGAUCUAGCUCGGAGAAUCUUCCUAAUCUCGGCCAGCAUCAACAUCCGCCUCAUCCGCACGCUCUCAGCUUAGGAAUGCCAACGCAGAUGAGCCACUACGCAGGUUCGCCGAUGCCCUUGACACCGAUGAUGCCCGGCUGUCCACCGUUGACGCCAAACGGACCACCAUAUCACUACAGCGAACCGAUCCCACCGGCACCGUCGCUCUCCACCAGUCAAUCUCAGCCAGUUUUCCAACAAAAGAUGCAACCGUAUCAACAACAGCAGCCGACACACACCGAAUUACAGAGCUCUCAUUCUCAAAGUGUUCUGCAGACGCAACAGCAGAAGCAGCAACAAACGCACACCCAUUACACGAGCAGUCAGUAUCAGGAGACUUAUCCGCAUACGCAGACCUAUCAACAGCCGCUCCAGCAGCAACAACAGCAACCACAGUCGCAACAUCCGGCCUCUACAACGUACCUGACGUCAUCGAGCCAAAGCAUAAUACCUCAUUACUCGCAGCCCACGCAGACCGCCCAAAGUUUUCAGUUGAACGGAAGUCAGCAGGCAACAACAUAUCCAAGUUUGUCCAUUACGUCGCAUCCGAACGGCACCUAUACAGGAACAGGGGCGAGUAGCUUUAGUACGCAACUGUCGCAUCCCAAUUUCUCCGCUCCGCAAACAAGCAUCCCGCAAACCACGUUAUCCUCGUUGCCACCCUAUUCGACAACGUCCUUUCAUUCCACUCUCGGUCCACUCACCAGCGUACCACAACCUGCUCUGUCCUUCUCCAACGUGCAGAGCAGUUUCACCACUAGCGGAUCCACCUAUUCUACCGUCGGGACCAACGCUUUUGGCACGUCAGGUGUGAGUUCGGGAACUACAUCGACAGGCUUGUUACAAGCAAUAAGCGAUCCUCUCCAAGCGAUGCAACAACUCUCCGUGCAAUCCCAGGCGAAUCAGCUUCAACAGCAAGCCAUCAUCCAACAGAUUCAGCAAAGUUUACGCGCUAGCUCGCCAACAGCACCUGCCACGACGGGCCAUCACUUCCUUGGUUCGAGACAGAUGCCAAAGAUACCGAGUAGCAUACUUUCCAAUCCCCUGGAUCGACUGACCAAUGACAAUAUCGUGGCCGAGGGUCAAGUGGACAUGUUGGAUAUACCGGGCAAGGGCAGAUGUUACGUCUACAUCGCUCGUUUCACGUACGAGCCGUUUCAGCAUUCGCCGAAUGAAAAUCCGGAGGCGGAGCUGCCUGUUCAGGGUGGCGAUUAUCUUCUCGUUUGGGGACAGCCGGACGAUGAUGGUUUCCUCGACGCGGAAACGCUCGACGGUAGACGCGGCCUCGUUCCGGCGAAUUUCGUUCAGAAAUUGGUCGGCGACGACUUGCUGGAAUUUCAUCAAGCCGUUCUUGGUCUCAGGGACGUCGACGACUCUGCUUCGACUAAUAUCCCCCAAGUGAGCAAUUGUUAUCUCCAGGAUAUCGACCUGGAGUUGGCGGCUCUAGAAGAGGGGAAUCGAAAUCGGCAAGCUGAACUGUCCGCGUACGCGGAGCUUGAUAACAUUGCAGAGGAAGACGAGCAAGAGCCACCAGAAGUCUACCUGUUUUCGGACCUAGUUCCGGCGCCGCAGCACCUUACGCUUGAGCGGCAGCUGAACAAGAGCGUUCUAAUCGGUUGGACGGCGCCAGAUAAUACUCAUCAGUUGGAGUCGUAUCACGUCUACGUAGAUGGAGUGUUGAAGGUCACCGUGAAGGCAACCGAGAGGACCAGAGCGUUGGUCGAGGGUGUUGAUUCCACCAGGCCGCACAGAAUAAGCGUACGGUCAGUGACGCACUCGAGGAGAACGUCGCGCGACGCCGCUUGCACGAUGGUGAUCGGUAAGGACGUCGCCUUGGGUCCAACCGCCGUCAAAGCAUCGAACGUGACCGCCACCAGCGCCGUCAUAUCUUGGAUGCCGAGCAAUAGUAAUCACCAGCACGUCGUUUGCGUGAAUAACGUCGAGGUUAGGACAGUGAAGCCUGGUGUUUACAGACACACGAUCACCGGUCUGGCACCGUCGACGAUUUACAGAGUGACCGUGAAAGCGAAGAAUUUAAGAGCGACGCACUUCGAGGACCAAAACACCCAAGCGGCGAACAAUUUAGCAUGCCACGUCCAUUUCAAAACGUUACCAAAAGGGUUACCCGAUCCUCCGGUCGAUAUCCAGGUGGAGGCUGGACCGCAGGACGGCACUUUGCUAGUGACCUGGCAGCCUGUUGCCCUAAACGGUUCGGCCGUCACCGGUUACGCGGUGUAUGCCGAUGGGAAGAAGGUCACCGACGUAGACAGCCCCACCGGUGACCACGCUCUGGUGGACAUACAUAAGCUCAUGGGUCUGAAUCCGAAGCAUAUCACAGUCAGGACGAAAAGCAGGGAGAGCCAAUCGGGCGAUAGCUGUGCCACUGCCAUUCCUUGCAGCGUUCUCCGCGGUGGGACAGCGGCUCAUUUGCAACACGGGUCUACGCACAUGCAAGAUCAAGGACAACCGCAGCCAUCCGGCACCGGGCAAGUGGACGAUCCGAACAGGCAUCGUAUGGGAGGUGUAGGCCAGAGAUAUCCAUCGACACCGGUGCCGUCUCACAUAAGAAGACACGGCAACACCAGGGUCGACGCUCACGGCCAAGUGAUCAUUGAGACUGAUGAAAAUUUAUCCGACAAGGAGAUUUAUCCUGGACAAAGUAUGCCCCAAAUGGGCGUUCCAGAGAUCACCAAAGAUUCAGCGAGCGAGGCAAAUUACAGCGAGGAAGAUGAUCCGUCGCGCAGAGGCAGAGGUAUGCCGCUGCACCAUGGCGUCCAACAUCGAUACGGGCCGCAAAUGGGACAACAAGGACUUCCCGGGACGCAUCGACCUGGAAGAAUGGGCGGCCCUGCUGGUAGACCUCAAGAUCCUUACUACGACCAACCAGGAAGUCAAAGAGGUAGGGCUUCUAGCUACCGUGGUGGACGGGGUAUGCAAGCUCAAGGUGGUGCCGGUCAUCCGUCGAGCAGCGCCCAACAAAUGAACAAGAGAACACGCUGGUUCGUCGCCCUGUUCGAUUACGAUCCGAAGAGAAUGUCACCUAAUCCAGACGCGUGCGAGGAAGAGUUACCCUUCUCCGAAGGCGACUACAUCAAGGUAUACGGUGAGAAGGACGCGGAUGGAUUUUAUUGGGGUGAAUGCCACGGUAGACGAGGCUACGUUCCUUACAACAUGGUUGAGGAGAUUAAAGGUCAGAACCAACCUGGACAGGCACAGUCGGGAAGUAGGGGAAGAUGGGGAGAUAUUUACGCUAGUAUGCCUGUCAAGAAAAUGAUAGCGCUCUAUGAUUAUGAUCCUCACGAAUUAUCUCCUAACGUUGAUUCCCAAGUGGAAUUGGCAUUCCAAACUGGGAAUGAAAUUUAUGUGUACGGUGAUCUGGAUGAUGAUGGAUUUUAUAUGGGUGAAUUGAACGGUGUGCGCGGCUUAGUCCCGAGUAACUUUCUCACCGAAGCGCCAGAUCAACCGCCACAAGGACAACUUCCUCCAGGGAAUAGAAGACCACCUAAUCAAAGCCAAGGGCCCGGGGUUAGAGGACCGCCUCCUCCGCCUCGAGAACCACCACCUGCUGGUCAUCGACGAGGCAAAGAUGCCUGCAUUGUGCCUGUGUCUGUCCCUGUCUGUCACUUAGACUCUAGACAACAACAACAACAACAACAACAACUACAACAACAACAACAACAACAACCAUCACUAAUGAAUAACCAACAUCAACUCCAACAUCAACAAAACAAUCCACCGCAUCUAGCGUACCAACAAGCGAAUCACCACAGCUACACAACUGUAACCACGUCCAACCAACAUGGGCCCACACCUAUAGGCGCCCAUCAGCAAGGUCCCGUACCACCCCACCUUCAACAGCAGGGGAAGGGGAGGGGAGGCAUGAUCAGUCGUGGUAGUAAUGUGCCGGGAAGUAUGCAAGGCCUUGGUCAGCAUAUGCAGCAACAGGACUAUCAGCAACAGAAUCAACCGUAUCCGCAGCAACAGCCGAAUCAGGGAUACCAGCAGCAGGGCGCGGGAUUUGGCCCCCAGGGCCAGCAGUUCCAGCAGCAACAGCCGCAGCAACCGCAACAGCAACAGCAAAAUCAGCCAUACGCGCAGCAGAACCAAGGCUCCUCUAUGCAGGGCGGUCAGGGAGCGAGUAAGCCGAUGAGAGGGAUACCAACAGUGUUGCCAACGCCUCAAGCGAAGGCGCCGCCGAACACGCAGCAAGGUCAACAACAGCAACAACAACAGCAACAACAGCAGCAACAGCAGCAGAGUACAGGGCCGAAUCUGAUGCAAAAGUUCACGGAGAUGGCCGGUGCGAGCGCUGGCGGCGAUAUCCUGUCGAAAGGGAAAGAACUGAUUUUUAUGAAAUUCGGACUAGGCAAGUGAGUGAUUACCCUGCCCGUGUCGCCAGCUCCGCUUCUUCUCCAUUUCUAUGCCACCGUCGCGCUCUGUGUCGUGUGGAUUGUUCGUGGCGAAGCCGGUAAUUCACCGGUCGGUAAAUCAGUAUUACACGGAGAAACGUUCGCGGAUGUAAAGCGAGACGCGCAGGCAGGAACGUACGAAUGCGUCUCGUCCGAUCAGAUCUUCGCGAAUAUCCCUGGACAAAUACAAACGUAAAAUGUGUGCUGCCAUUGCUGCUGCUGCUGUUGCUGCUGCUAACGACUGUUUAUCAUUUCACGCAGUCUCGUAACUGGAUGAAUAACGUUCGAAAUUCGGAGAAGAGCACUGUUCAACCGCGAGAGAAGGCCGAGAAUUGUUUGUAAUGUCUUUCUCGUUGGUUCAACUUCCUACAUCUUAGCGAAACGAGGAGAAACAAAAAGGAAUGUUCGCUUGCGUUUUCCUAACGUCUCUCAUGAGAUAGUCGAGAGUGUGAUCAAUCUGAACGUGAAAACUCGCACGAUUAAUGAUCUUUAGUCUUCGAAGAGCGCAGAUCCCUGAAAAUAACGAAUGAUCUUUCGUUCCUUCUUUUUUCCGUUCUUCUUCUACUUUUACUUCUUCUUCUUCUAUUACUUCUUCUUCUUCUUCUUCUUCCUUGAAUACAAUAAAAUCUUUUUUCUAGAUGUCACGUAGUCCGGUUAAAAUGUUAAUUGGAACGCUGAAAUUUUUGACCAUGACGGAAAAUCUCCGAACAUAAUACAGGGAUAGAAGCAAUCGAAAAUGUCACUGCAUAAUCAGAUCAUUAUCAAGAGCUCAUCCAUCAUUAGCCCAAUGAAAUAAUUGUUCUUAUUAUAUUAGAUAUUGAUUAGAUUGAUAAUAUUUUAUCUAUAUACGUAAAAGAGAAAAGAACGACAAGUGAACUGAAACGAAGUUGCAUAAAUUUGUUAAAAAAAAAAAAAAAAAAGGAAAAGGAAAGAUGGAAUCGCAUACUUCUUAGUUCAGGAAUUUUUAGAGAGACUGUUGCAAAUCUCACGUUGCAAGAAGCUUUUACUUACAGUUUCUGGUCGAACAUGACCGACGAGACGAUCCUAGCAAAAUCGAACAUCGAAACGUGACAUAAUAAGCAGAAUAAAUUGUUACUCUUGUUCUCUAUCAUUUAGUUUUUCCUUCCUCUCCAGUUUUUCUUUGCCUAUGACGUUUCAUUUUGCCUGCCUCGAAACGACGACAAAACUUUACGUUGAACUGUUGACACACACACAUAUACACACACAGGCGACAAAGAAAGAAGGGGUGUCUUGAUAAUUAUCAUGUAACAAUGAUAAGCCAAGUGCAUAGAUGAACCACGAUGCAAGCGGAUCAUUCACAAAAGACUAAACUGGAAAGUCGCUCCCUGUCGUGACCGUGAGCACGACUACGAAAUACAAAUAAAUGAUUUUACAAAAGACGGAAGUCAGAUGACAUGAAGAAAUUACGUGUGAUGUAACAAUUGACCGGUGGAUUUAUAAUAGAGCGACUCGUGGAUCAAAUUGAACUACGUCAUAAACAUAUAAAUAUAUAAAUAUAUAAAUAAAACAAAUAAAUUAAUUAAUUAAUUGAUAUCACUCCGAAGGAGAAUGGAGUAUGUGAAUUUGAGAAUAGGAGAGAAAAAAGAAUAUUUAAGGGGAGGGUGGGCAGGGAGGGGGUAAUACACGAGAGAUCAUAGCAUACGUAUAUUACGGUAAUGAAAUAUAAAUAUAUACAUAUGCAUAUACAGAUAUGCGUACAUACGUAUACGUAUAUAUAUAUAUAUAUAUAUAUAUAUACAUCUAGUAUGUCGAUAUAUCUACGUAAAGGUAUGUAUGCAUACAAUUAUAUAUAUAUAUAUAUAUAUAUAUAUAUAUAUAUAUAUAUACAUACAUAUACAUACAUACAUAUACAUAUACAUACUAUAUUUAACUAUUGCAAAGUGUUGUUACAUCGCUACUUGUAUCGUAUUUUGUACAAAGUAUCCUUACCUUCAAUUGUUCUUUUCCUUUCGCCGUGCUACGAAUAUAUACAUAUAUAUAUAUAUGUAUGUAUGUAUCAGCAAGGUGAAAGAAGCGUGACAAAUUUCAAAGAGUCAUUUUUUCCAGUAUCAUACUUUUUGGGAGUCAUAAACGAAAUUGGUCAUAAUUGUUAUUAAAUACCGUGGAGAUAUCUGUUUGGAACCGAUAAUUGCCUCUCGUCCGUUCAUGUUAAUCGAGUGUCGACAGAUAUAUAUAUAUACACAUAAUAAACGGUGAAAGAUACGCGAUAUAGGAAUUUAUUAUAUCAAAGGCGGCCCAAUCGAAGUUUUCAUUUUACCCAAAACGAGGUUUCGUUCUGGUUCCAUUCUUUGUGGGAAUUUCCGUUCCUUGUAUUCAAUUCGGGAAAAGGAAUUCGAACGUGGAAUUACGAAACAAUUGUAAACGUUUCGUUACUAUUUUUUUUUUUUUCUUUUGGUCAAAAAUAUGGAACUAACAAGCUGUAGAGAAUUAUUUGCUGGACCACGAGUUUGCAUCACCUUGUAGCAGUCACUAUAUUGGACUUGUAGUUAAUUGGUGAGUCUUGAUUUUUGCAAUGUCGAUCAUGAAUCGCAUAACGUUUAACGAGCAAGAGCCACGGGAAACUGUGUAUACUGCGACCAUGGACCAAACUACAUUUCCUCUCAAGAGACCAAAAUUCGGCUAAUUUAAACGUUUAGAUUAGAUUCGUUUCCUCUUUUAAUUCUGAACUCGAGAGUUUCUUUUCGUUUUCCCCGCGAGAAGGCCCGGUGCUAAGUAUUUUUUCUCAAUGUUUACAAUCCACAUUUGGAAACUGUGUAGGUGUUUGUGACUGAGCGACGAUCAACCAGCAAAACCUGUCGACCAAAAGAACCGCGAGAUGGUGUAACGUGUAACGCUUGCUCGAUUCCCGUGUUCGAUUUAACACGCAGAGAGAAAUUGCAAAAUCAACUUUAUCGAUCUCGUUCCACCUGUAAUUCGCGCGGAACGUCGAGAACUCGGACUUCAUUUGAAUCGAAGAACUCGCUCGAUAAAUACGCUUUUCGAUGCUCGUUCUUUGAAACGCGUUUGCCAACGUCGCUUGAUCCAUUGGAAAGUAAAGAAGUAGCGUUGCGCAUUUAGCGUCAUUCGAACUAUCCAUAAUAUAAUUUCCGACACGAUAGUCGCCGCACUUAUUAUUAGAACGCCGUUGUCACGGACUUUGUUCUUCGUUCUUGUUCUUGAAUAUUUAACGAAUUGAAUGUUGAUUUAGAUGACGAUGUUCCAAUAGAUCGAGCGAGAGGAGAAACUCGUUUUUUUCUUGAUAUCUUUCCAAUAGGAACCCCUCGCGCAAUCUCCGGAACAAACAUUGAGCGAUUGAUGUUGGAAUUCCUAUGAAUCUUUGCUGUGAACAUAUCUAAUGUGAAGUGUUGGUUCAGGCGAUUAAACGAAAAAGAAAAAAAAAAAAAAGAAAAAAGACUGACGUGACAUUUAAGAUCUUCAAAAGUGCUUAACACGUUCGCUACCAAAAGUGUCAGGAUCGCUCGCGCCAGUGAAGCUAUCAAUUUCCGGGAAUUUAGUCGAUCCAUCGGAAGAUUCAAGUAUAUAAUUAACUACAAAUAUUCGUAAAAAAAAGGAACGAGAUUUCUUUUUUUUUUUUUUUUUAAGGAAGCAUAUAAACAAUUAGUGGUCCGUAAAUAAAAGAAAAAAACUUUGUUUAAAUGGUAGUGAAUGUGUUAACUACGUAUUACUUAGCAAAUUUGUAAUGUUCAUCUUUCAUCUCUUUGACAGUUUCAUUUUCUUUCCUUGUCUUUCAUUGUUGAGUUCCAUAGCGAUAAGUCACGUAGCGAAACGAGUUUAAAGCGAUUCAAACGAGUACAGAGUGCAAGGAGAAAUCCAGAAUAGGUAUGAAAGAGGGAGUUACGGGAGAUCUUCGUUUUAUUAUCGUUAAGUGUUAGAUAUCAUCAAACCAAAAGAAAGAAAAAAAAAAAGUAUGCAAGUAGCAUUAAUAAAUAAAAAGGCAAAAAAAAAAGAAAAAAAAUGUAACGUGAGGGGAAAACCCAUAUGCCCACGUAUACCGAGAAUAACAAUAAGUUCUGUCUCUUCUCUCUUUGUGAUCAGACCAAAUCGUACGAGAUAAUAAUUUUUAACAACAGGAACAAUAAGCUGACGCAAUGCAACGGUCGAACAUGAUUAAGAACUUAACGGAUAAACACUUGUAGCCGAAUAUUUUCUUGUUUAAACGUUUGUCAAAACUAAAGGUAUACACGAAGCGAAUAAAAUUAAGAAAGAACACAGAAAAAAAAGAAGAAGAAAGAAAAGAGAUAAAAAUAAGUGAAGCCCAAGGAUAAAAUGCGAGAGAGUAAUAAAUGAGAAACAAUUUGGAUUCUCUUAGGUACCUCGGAGUCGUUUCGUUCGUUGUCUACGCUCAUUUUUGUGUAGUAUCUCACUUGUACAUUGUCAUUGUUAUAAAUUUAGUCGUUGAAUGGAUUCGUAUAAAAACAAUCUUUUGAUACCGCGACACAGCUAAUACAAUAUGAAUUGCAAAUAUAAACCGUGCCGAGGAUGAUGCGUAUAUGUAUAUGUCCUGAAUAAAAAAAAUCGAUCGAGGAAUGCUAUUCGAUUCGUUCGAUCCUUUUUUUUUUUUUUCGCUGAAGAGAUCGUCUGACGCGCGUGAUGGGAAAUCCUUCUCAAUUCGAUUGAAAACAGAAAAUAAGUAAAUCAAGUAUAAAUCAGUGUUAGAUCUCGUACUGAGAUAACCUCUCUUUCAGAAAAGUGUUUUCCACAUCUUAAAAAAAAGAAUAGAUGUACUUGCGUUACGUAUUUCGAUUUAGAUAACGGUUAGUUAAAUGAUACACGAUAUUCCGACAGCGCUAUUAGUAUGACGAGUAUUGAUCCUCGAUUAAAGCGAGGUUAAGGCUCUCUUUGGAAUCGUAGAACUUUGUUCCAUGUGAAAACACUUUAUGGAAAGAUAGAAUAAUAAUAAUAAUGAUGAUGAUUAAAAAAAAAAGAAAAAAAACGAAAGAAUGUGCAUACGUGUGCGUGUGUGUAUAUCGAAACAUGUAUAUGAUAUGACGAAUAAAAGAAAAA